AUGGUUCUGGAUUUCGAGACACGGAAAUUCUCAAGAUAUAUAUUCUACUUCAUGCUGCUUAGCUGAUGAAUAAGUCACGCUCUCGCUAGAGGAGGCGGGAAGAAAUAAAGCAUCUACUGGUGGAAAUGGAAACUCGGUUGAUAACACAUAUUGUCUCUAUGUAGGGCUGGAUUGCUCAGCAACUUGAUGCAUCCAACAAGCAUGAGGUGAAACACUAGAUGAAUGAGAAUUUGGAUACGACCCUGACGAAUACAGCCUCCUGUAUAUAGCCCUAGCCGUGAUUGCCAUUGUCAUAGUAAUACCUGUGGUUGUCGCAUCGGUGGUCCCUUGCUGUAUUAGGGCCUGUCUUUUCCUAAACCAGAAAUGUUGUUGCAGGAGCAGGAGCAAAAAUUCUAAAGAAAUCACCGAAAUAGGAAGUAGGAAAGGCAACACCACCACCCAAUUCCCACUCAAUAGCAUCAACUCUGAUGAUAAGGAACUCGGCCCAAUGAAGAACGAGAGGUUGGUUCGAAACCAGGACUCUUUUAGUUUGGACAAUCUUGCUUUGGCUAGCUCAAACCGUUCGAAAGGCAAAGGUAAUAAAGUACAACCCCAUGAAUCUGCCGUUUUAAAUAAAGGCUAUAUUAAUAACGAUGCAGAGAACUCUGCAAGGGAAGUUGACAGCUACCUUGACGAAAAAGACUACAUCGUUAGGUGGGACAAGCCCAAGAAGCUUCAUGAAAAAGUUCAUUUCUCAGGGUCCCUUGAGGAUCUCUCUAGUCGAAAUUAUGAUGAUAUCCAUGCAUCUGAUAAUAUCAAAGAAAAGAAACGAAAUAAUUUACGAGAGACUGCAAAUCCUAGUUUUGAAGAUGAAGGAAUUAGGAUUGACGAUGAUAUGAGUUUCACAAAGAAGGAAACCAUUCUUCCCAGAGAUGCCCCUUCGAUGCUCAUCAGUAGGGCCGAAGAGGAGAAAUACAUUCUAGAUGAUACUCAGUUAAUUGAUGAAUUUGAUGCCCAAAAGAAUUUGAAUUUUACUAAUGACAGUCUUGAUAACAAGCUAUUAAUGAUGGAAGGAGCUCAACCACCAAAGAAGAAAACCAUCCCUCCUAAGCCACGGAGGAACUCUAUUGAUAAAAUUGGGAAAAGUAGGAGAACCGAAGCCAAUGAAAAGUUAAUCCUCGAAGAACUUGAAAGGUGGGAAGCUGAGAAGAAGAAGAGCCAGAAAAGACGUUAAGCCUUAAACUCUUCUUUGAAAUGAGGAAUUCGUAUAACCAAGUAUAUUCCAGGCUAUACCACAUCAUCAUUGGGUAAGCCAAUAAGCCUCCAGAUGUCAGCCAUAUUUUCAAU